UUAUUUUUUUUAACUAUGAAUGUGCCAAUUGUUUGGGUUAUGGGUGGACCCAGCAGCGGUAAGACUACGCUCGCUCAAAGUAUUGUGGAGAAGUAUGGAUAUAAGCACGUGGAUAUCAAUGCCCUUAUAGAACAUGAGAUUGAGACCAACACGCCUAAGGGCAAAGAAUUCGCUGAGGUAGUCAAUAAUGGUCAAUUGGUGCCGUUAGCUGAGGUCAUGCCGUUAGUGGAACAGCAACUAAUGAGUAAUAAAUCGGGACUUCGAGGCUUUGUCAUAGAUGGCUAUCCUACAAACCAAGCGGAUGCCGCUGUUUUGGAGCAGCAAGUUGGUACUCCAGAUUUGGUAAUUGCCCUGAGUGUGGGGCAGGAGACGAUAGACACGCGCCGAUCUUCACUGAAUGCACGAGCUAGCAUUACGGCCCAGGCAUAUAUGAAAAAUGUGAAGCCAGUGCUGGAUCGGUAUGCCGAAAAGACGAUGCAGAUCGAUGGCGAUCGCGAUGCUAAUGAAGUCUUUGAGGAUGUGAAGCCCAACAUGGAGAUAAUCAACAAAAACCAUGGCCCAAAAAUCUCUAUUGGCCGUUAAGUGAUAUAGAAAUUAUGGCGCUGACAAAUUAAUCAAAAAUUAUAGUUUAAAAUUAAAAGGUUAAGUAUAACAGAUUUUUUUUUUUUUUUUACUUUUCAUAUACAAUUGUAUAUGUUUAUGUAUGCACCAUAGUGCGCGAUAAGCAGAACUAAAAAAAAACGAAAAGCUCGUAUAGCAAAGCUGCAUGGCAUUAGCUUCUCGAAACCGUUAGCGAAAGCUUUGCGCUCAGUCGCUCCCGACACACGCUGCAUUAAGGGUGGAAAUUCGACAAAACGGAAAAGACGCGACCAAGCGAAUCAA